AAAGUUAGAAUGUUAUCGCCGGCAUAUCGCUUGUUAUUUUCCAAGAUUCCAGACCCACGUAAAGUUCUACCAUUCGUCCAAUUUAUACAACACCGCUCCGCGUCCUUUAAAAAUAUGGCGUCGCCAGCGAAAUGGAAAGUUGAAAAAACGAGGAUUGUAAACCUGCCGUUAGACGAAAAAAGAAAACUUUACGUAUCGCAAAACUACGUAACUCUUGAUAGUGUUUACCCUUGGGACGAUUGUAUUCGAACCCAAAAAAAUCUCGAAUCCAAAAAAUACAAUUUGGAAGAUGUGGAAAUAUUUAAGAACGCCAGGAUCGACAAUGAAAAGAACACUGAACUCAUCAGGAAGGUCUCCAUUUUCAAAGGGGAUAUUACAAAACUUGAAGUUGAUGCUAUAGUGAAUGCGGCUAACUCUCUUCUAAAAGCUGGUGGCGGUGUUGAUGGAGCCAUACAUAGGGCCGCUGGCCCACUGUUACAGCAAGAAUGCAAUACCCUUGGUGGAUGCCCUACUGGUCAGGCUAAAGUCACUGGAGGCUACAACUUGCCAGCUAAAUAUGUCAUCCACACAGUGGGCCCUCAAAACGGCUCAGCGCCAGACCUCCAAUCCUGCUACGAGAAAUGUUUCUCCUACGUAAAGGAGUACGACUUAAAAUCCAUCGCUUUCCCCUGCAUCUCAACUGGCAUCUACGGCUUCCCUAAUCGCCUAGCUGCCCACAUCACUCUGAAAACUGCCAGGAAGUUUCUAGAACAGAACCCGCAGAUGAACCGGAUCAUUUUCUGCACUUUCCUGCCGAUUGAUGUGGAUAUAUAUGAGACUUUGAUGCAGAUGUACUUUCCUAUGUAUGAAAGGAAAUAUAAUGAUGGGGCUAGUGUGACUGAAUAAGGGGCUAGAGAGGUUGACAAAAAAAACACUCAUAUUCUUGGUAUUGUAAGCAGCUGAAAAUGAAAUUUUCAUAAGAUUAAAUUAUGCGUUUACCAACAAUGAGCCGCGGCAAAUGCCCGAGAUAACGCAAGGAGGAUGGUGAUAGCCAACAAUGGUCCUAUAAUAGUGGUCAAACUUGGUUGUUUUGAAUUUAUAAUAACUGCUUUGUAUGUAAAAGUUUUUGUUGUUGCAUGUUUUACUAGUUCUGAUUGGUGUAACCAUCUCAAUUUUUACGGACAUAUUGUCUUUUUAUAAUUGUAAUAAAACAUUUAAAAGUA